AAUGUUUGCCAGCAGGACUUACUCCGACAACGACUUGAGUGGAGGGCAUGGCUUCAAACAAAUGGUCGAGGAGACGUUUGGUGUGGCCGGUGCAUUUUGUUUUGGUGAUUUCGUUCCUUACCUCGACUGGCUCGACUUUAACGGAAUCCGUAGUCGCAUGCAGGCUGUUCACAAAAUAUUGGAUGAAUUUGCUGAGAACGUAAUCGAUGACCACAUUCAUCGUAGAAUGGGGGAAGGAAAAUUGAAGAAAGAAGAUAGCGUUAGAGACAUGGUAGACGUACUGCUCGACAUGGCCGAGACUGAGGACCAAACAGUCUCACGGGUCAACAUCAAAGCAAUCAUCGUGGACAUGUUAAAUGCGGGAAUAGAAACAUCGUCGACAACUAUAGAAUGGGCAAUGACUGAGCUGCUGAGGAAUCCUGCAAUGCUGGCACGAGCACAGCAAGAGAUGGAAUCAACAGUGGGCAGAGACCGCAGUGUAAAUGAGAGUGACGUCAGAAAGUUCAACUGCUUGCGAUGCGUGGUGAAAGAAACUUUUCGAUUUCAUCCGCCAGCUCCUCUGCUGGUUCCACACGAGUCGAUUGAAGGCUGCAGUGUGGGAGGAUAUUUUGUUCCACCAAAGACACGGCUGUAUGUGAACGUGUGGGCGAUGGGAAGGGAUGAAAACGUUUGGAAAGAUGCUCAUCUGUUCAAGCCCGACCGAUUCAUGGGCAGUAAUAAAGAUGUCAGAGGUCAGGACUUCGAUUUGUUGCCAUUCGGAACUGGAAGAAGAGGGUGCCCUGGAAUUUCUAUGGCUCUUUCUGUUAUUGAGUUGGCACUUGCUCGGCUACUUCAUUGCUUUGACUGGACUGUGGAGGGGGAGGUGGAUGUGGAGGAAGAGUUUGGAUUAACUGUUCCAAGAAAGAAUCCACUGUUCGUCCGCCGUUCAUGGAGGCUCACAGCUGAAUAUCCUAUUUAAAAGAUUGUCGUCUGAUGGGUGUUUUUGCAUAGUUAUUACAUAGGCAGUAUUAUUGUCAGAUUCAUGUUUGCACUCCUGCAAAGCAUUUUGUAAGUUUUUCGCAUUGUCCUAACUAGUUAGUUCAUUGUUCAUCACUUAGUUGACAAAACCU